CACCUUAUCCUUAUAAUAUACUCAACAUGCUACUUUCUGCUACUCAUUUAUCUUUACCAACUUUCACUGCCGCUACUGCUUUAUCCCUAUUUAAACUCAUGAUUCAUGUUUGGAUAGGAACAAAAAUGUCUUCAUUUUCUGCUUUUUCUACUCAUAUUGGAAUAUUAUCUGGUGAAAUAGAUAAUUCCACUAAACCUUCUUUAUCAAAAGAUGUUAAUUUUACAAAAUCUUUUCAUUUUAUAUUAAUGUUAUGUAGCAUUGCUAUUGGUAUUUGUAUAAUAAUUUAUGUAUGGAUUCUUGCAAGAAAAGCUAUCAAAGAAGUUGAAGAUGAAAAUGGUGGUGAAUAUAUAUGGUCGGAUGGUUAUGAAAUCAAUGAUGUUGGUGAUAACGUAAUGUUAUUAGGUACUGGUGAAAUGAGAUAUAGAAGAAAUUCUAUCGCUUUCUGUGAUGAGAUUGAAAGUGAUUCUAAUAUAAAUCUUAAACCGCUUUUCAAUGAAAAGGAUUCUAUUCAAAUGCAAAGUAUAGUAGCUUCGUGA